AGAGUAAAAAUUAAUCAUAGUUCAUGUUUAUAUUUAUAGGUUGCUGUGAGCUUGGGUACUCCAAUUAUGAAGCCAGAAUGGAUUUAUAAAGCUUGGGAAAGGCGAAAUGAGCUGGAUUUUUGUGCAUCAGUUGAUGGCUUUAGAAAUGAAUUUAAAGUUCCUCCUUUUCAAGAUUGCGUUUUAAGUUUCCUGGGAUUUUCAGAUGAAGAGAAAACCAAUAUGGAAGAAAUGACUGAAAUGCAAGGAGGUCACUACUUACCGGUUGGAGAUGAAAGAUGCACUCACCUUAUAGUUGAAGAGAAUACAGUAAAAGAACUUCCAUUUGAGCCUUCAAAGAAACUUUAUGUUGUCAAGCAAGAGUGGUUCUGGGGAAGCAUUCAAAUGGACGCCCGAGCUGGAGAAACUAUGUAUUUGUAUGAAAAGGCUAAUACACCUGAGCUCAAGAAAUCAGUGUCACUGCUUUCUCUAAAUACUCCAAACAGCAAUCGCAAAAGACGUCGUUUAAAAGAGACACUUGCUCAGCUUUCAAGAGAGACAGACCUGUCACCUUUUCCUCCCCGUAAGCGCCCAUCAGCUGAACAUUCCCUUUCCAUAGGGUCUCUCCUAGAUAUCUCCAACACACCAGAGUCUAGCAUUAACUAUGGAGAAACACCAAAGUCUUGUACUAAGUCUUCUAAAAAUUCCACUCCAGUUCCUUCAAAGCAGUCAGCCAGGUGGCAAGUUGCAAAAGAGCUCUAUCAGACUGAAAGUAAUUAUGUAAAUAUAUUGGCCACCAUUAUUCAG